AUGAAGCAUGCCGGUCGUGACAGGUGGGAAGCAAAAGGGAAGGCAACGGCCGGCGGUGAUGGCCGAGGAACCGCCGGAUCGGCGGUAGCAGUGGGUAGUGGCGAGAAUUCCGAGAGAGGAGGGGAAGAAAAUGCGACCGGUUACCCGACUGCCGGCGGCUCCGUCAGCGUAGAUGGCAGAGAUGGCCGAAGAUACAACAAUUCGGCUGUUACCGGCGCCUUUGCCGGCGUUAAUGGCCGAACAACCGAGAAUUUUCAUGAAGGCGGAACCAAGGGAGAGAAAGUGGCGUGGGGAAUCGGUCAAAUGGAGGAAAAGGAGUGGGAAUCGGUCAAAGGGAGGCAAGAGGCGCAUGAUUUAGGAUAUCAGGACGGGGGAGAUUAUUGGGCGUGGUACUGAGAAAAAUGGACUGUACUAUGUGGAUGAGAUUUCUCAAAAAGGCAAUGUGAUGCUGGCUCACGGAACUGCAAA